AUGAAUGAAUAAACCUUCACUGUUGCUGCUCAGCGUUAGCUAGCCAGCUAACAGCACGUUAGCAGUACUGCUUAGCUUACUAUUAAGACAUUCUUCAAGUCCGUGAUGCUAAGACAUGAUUGAAGAGACGACAAAACACUGGCUACGACCGUGCUGCAUCUAACAUUCAUUAUGUCCUGUGUUUUAACUUAGCUAGCCGAUAGGUUCGGUGUCAGCUAGCUUAAGUAUGUGAAGCGUAACAGCUGGGAUUCAUCUCAGCAGACAAGACACCUGCUGUUUGCAAUGUGGACAUGGCAUCAGUUGAAAAUUGUAUUUAAUGUUGUAAAUUAAGAGGCGUAGCCUCCACAGCCCUUAUUGCAUUUUCACAGUGUAGUCGUGUGAACGUGCCUCAGAGGGUUCAGGCUCCUCUGAGUGAUCCUACCGGUCAGCUUCACGUUGUCUGACAGAGGAAGGAGGGGGUUAAAGAAGAAUAGAGUUCCAGCUGGUACAGUUUGUCAGAGGAGCAACAGUUCCCUCCCCCUGCCCCCCCUCACCCUCACAAUCAGCUCCUCUUGUUUGCAAAGCCGAACUUACUACAGUCUUGAAGCGGAGGUAUGGCAGAUCUGUAGGCUGAUCCGAGUUCAGGAUGAUGGCUGAAGGUUAACGUCCAAGGAGUCACAUUCCCUCAGCCCAAAGUGACCCAGUUUUCCCCCUUUUCUUUUAAUUUCCAUCUGCACUUUUGCAACCUCCCCUUGCUGAACGUCUUCAAGUCCCCUCUCCGCUCAUUGUCUUGUCUUUUUGGCUUUUCAUGGAAUGCACAAAUUCCACAGCAGGAUCAUUUAAAUUCAUUUUAAAGUGGACAGUCUUCCUCCUGACACCCUCCUGGACAAAAGACAGGAUGACUCUCAAAUCUGAAAUAAUUACAAUGUGAAGGGAACAACUUACUGUCCAUCUGAGACUGCCACCUCGGUCUGUAGGAUUCUCACACCAGUUCCAUUGCUUCUUCCCUACCUGCAGCCUUUUUCACAACCCUGUCCCUUUUCUACUGUCAUUAGGCCAUGGUUCGCAAGAAAAGUUCUCUUAUACUAUGUGGUGCUUUCCUGUUCGUUGCCUGGAAUGCUUUGCUUCUACUUUAUCUGUGGGGUCGCCCUCCCAUCGGCCGCCUUGGAGAAGGUGGUGGAGCUGAACCAGGAGGAAAGGAGGAGUGGGGUGUGGGCAGAGCUAAAGGAAGCCAGGUUAACCUGGCCGGAGAGGUGAUCCGGCUUGCGGAGGAGGUCGAAAUUCAACUUGAGACCCAGAAAAAGCUACUGAAGCAGAUAGAGAGUCACAGGGCAGUGUGGGCUCGUCAGAAAGAUGUUGGGAAAAGAGAAACUGAUGAUACAAAAGAAGUCAAAGAAGAGGUUGUCCACCAGUCAUCGAAGCCUCCACCUCCUCUCAAAGACAGUGUCGAUGACAGGGCCCAAACUGAAGUACAACACACACAGAAGCCUGUUCAUACAGUGGCUCCAGAUGCAAAGUUAGAAAAGCAGCAGGCCACUGAAAUAAAGGAGGAGAUAAUUGAGAAAAAUAAAUUAGCAACUUCUGUUGCCAGCCCAGAGGUCAUCAUUCCCAUUCUAGUUAUUGCUUGUGACAGAGUAACAGUAAAACGGAGCCUUGACAGACUGAUACAGUACCGCCAGUCUCCACAACUUUACCCAAUAAUUGUCAGCCAGGACUGUGGCCACGCCGAGACUGCUCGUGUGAUUGCCUCAUACGGAGAUCAAGUGACACACAUAAGCCAACCGGACCUGUCGGACAUCAGAGUUCGGCCAGAACACAGGAAGUUCCAGGGCUACUACAAAAUUGCCCGACAUUACCGCUGGGCACUCAACCAAGUGUUCAACACUUUCUCUACUGUAGUCAUUGUGGAGGAUGACCUGGAGGUGGCACCGGACUUCUUUGAGUAUUUCCGGGCUCUGUACCCGAUCUUGCGCUCUGACCCCACUCUGUGGUGUGUCUCUGCCUGGAAUGAUAAUGGCAGAGAUGCCUUGGUGGAUCCAUCCAAGGCUGAACUCCUGUACAGAACAGAUUUCUUCCCUGGUCUUGGUUGGAUGCUGCUGAAGGAGAUGUGGGAUGAACUGGAGCCCAAAUGGCCCUUGGCCUUCUGGGAUGACUGGAUGCGUCAGCCAGAGCAACGCAAAGACCGCUCCUGCAUCCGGCCUGAAAUCUCACGAACUAUAACCUUUGGCAGAAAAGGCGUGAGUUUAGGUCAGUUCUUUGACCAGUACCUUCGAUAUAUUAAGCUAAACACUCAAUUUGUGCCUUUUACCAAACAGAAUUUGUCUUAUUUGCUAAAAGAGAACUAUGAUGAAAAGUUUAUCAAAGAGGUUUACAGCGCACCACUGGUGAAAAUUGAGGAACUGCAACAAGGGGGCAGCUUAAGAGGCCCUGGACCAUACAGAGUGCAGUACUCCAGCCGGGACAGUUUUAAAGUCUUUGCUCGAAAUCUGGGGGUGAUGGAUGACUUGAAAUCUGGAGUUCCUCGGACAGGUUACAGGGGCGUAGUCAGUUUCCUGUACCGAGGCCGAAGGGUGUUCUUGGCGCCACCAGAGGGAUGGAUGCAGUAUGACAUCAGCUGGAGCUGAGAGACUCAUGCAGAGAGUACAAUGUGAAGGGGGUUGAAGAGGGGAGAGAGCCUUACUCAGAGGAACACCCUCUCAGACCAAAGAAUAUCAGCAGACGCAGUGGUUCAUGAAGGAAUUAAAGCAGCACAGAUGGGGCUGCACAUUAGUGGAGCUUCAAGAUCAAUUGCUGACCCAGGCCUGUUUGUUAGGGAAGCUUCCAAGGUAGGGUGCUCAUUCAGGAUCAGCAAGUUCAGGGCCACACAGACUUCAUAUAGAGUUCAAACUUGUAGGAGAGGAAAAUUCCACCCUUAAACACUAUCUCUAAACAGCUAUUGGCAACGUGCCUUGCUUUCUUGGCCCAUUUUGUUUGAUUUAGUUUUUUAAUUCCUGCGAAUAUUGACUUAGACUUAACAUCACAUGGUUGCUGUUUGCUGUAAAUGGAGGUAAGAGGAAAUAAACUGAAAUAUACGUGUCAGUGACAAUGCUAAUACACAGUGUUAAUGAUAAUACACUGGAAGCACUGGAAGCCUCACAUAAGCAGACUGAUCCUAUCUGGAACUUGGGAGAAAAUCUUGGGUAUUUUUUUUUGCAAGAAGUUGUUGAAACUGACCCAGCUCUUCAGAUCAUGUUACUGUUUAAGUCUAUAAAACUAAUCAGAAGCAGAGUUGUGUGCAAAGGAAAAUGAAAAGCAUCUACAAGGGUUUUAGGUGGUAAACAAAGGCCAUAUCCAGCACUGAACAGUCAUUAUACAAAGUCAUAGCCCUGAUGUUUAUCAUUAAAGAUGAAAGGCUUCUUCAUUAAUGAUGCACAGAAAAGGAACUGCAGUGGAAGCAAAGACAGUAACUUCCCAAACUACGGUAGCUCUGAUCCAGGACCAGCAAACUAUGUAUCACUCUCUCAGUCUAUCAAUCUGAGGUAUGAGCAGGUCAUAAAAUCUGUUACGACAACAAUGUGGGGACAACAGAUGCCAGGUGGGUGCAAAGUAUCAUCAGCAGAUGAUUUGGUCUGACCAAGAAUGGUCUCUUCUAUUGAAGUUGGUUCAAACCAUCUACUCUCUUGUGCUGAAAACUACAGAUACAGUUUCAUUUUGUACUGCUGCUUCUGUCCUCCUUGUCCUGAAUCAGAGCCACACCUACAGUAUACUCAAGUAGAUGAAGGUGGAGGUACCAGAAAGCAAGAACAUCAAAAUGUGAAUGACACUGCAUAACAGUGUGGGAUGACUAAGGGUGGAGUUUUUCUUUAAUUAUCAGUGCUGCUGUUCUUAGAUCAGGUUAUGAACGUGGCCUUGAAAGCAGUGUGAUGACAGUACACAGCACUAAAAGCAGAGAGAUGAUCUCAUGUUGUUAAGGCCUCUAUAUGCUUCAAAUGAAGUAGAUUCAACUACAUUUAAAAGUAUUAUUACCCAUUCCGAAGCACUCGAAUUACAAGCAGAAAACACUUACAGUGUCUUUAUAGUCUGGACACAGUUAAUUGUACAAAUGGCACACACUCCCCGCAAUGUGUUUAUGCUGUUGCACUCAGUUCACAUGAAAAGUAUGAGUGGUCGUGUGAAGACUGAAAAAAGAAAGCUUGGAACAAAAGAUCAAACCCCACCCACCUUCACACACGUGCCUGUGUAAAGUGGAUGUGAUUUAUGGCUUGUCUGUUUUGGACAGGUGCAGAAAUUGUCAGACACAGCUCUUUCAGUUUGGCCAUCAAAGGUUUUCAGACACCUUGAGACAACCCGACAAGCGCUUUGUUUGAAGCAUACUCAGGCCUUUGUGGUUAAUCUCCUGCUCUGGCAGGUCUUUUGAGUUCUAUAGUUUAAAAAAAAAAAAGGAAAUGUCUUAAAUGUUCAGUCCAGUUUAAAUUCCAUCUCUCUGGUGAAGAGGAUUGCUUUGCUGAAGGAAAUAACAGUUUAAUUCUCCAGCUCCUUUUUGCUUUCAGAUGGUUAUGGAAUUCUGCAUUUACAUCACACCUCUCUGUUUGGGUGAAUAAACUUGGUGUCUGAAUGUGUCAAAGGAAAUUAGUAAUAUGAAAGAUGAAACUACAAUGGUAAAGCUAUUUUGAAGUUAUUUAAUUAUUUAGAACUUGAAGUUCUAACAAGUUUGCCAAGCUGCAUAUGAGAUUCAGACAUCACUGAGUCUGACAUUUUACUGAUGCUCACCCUGAAGCCCUGAUAUGGGGCACGUUUGUAAUUACAUGACAUCCAAACCAUGGUUUGGCCAGCUUAGGUUUGUUAAAAAACCAAUGAUUGUUUGAUAGUUUUUAUUUGUUUCUGCAACAAGAAGGCUGAGAAAUGGCUAGAGAAAUGAAUAUCACUGUACUGUAAUUAGCUGUGGGAGGUUAUCUACAAGAUUGAUUGAUUCCCAUGUCUGUAUGGUGAUGUGUAAAACCACUGCCUGAUGUGUUUAUAACUUUAACACAGUAUAAAUAAAAUCAACUAUUUUGAUAUUUGUCCACAUGCUCAA